CGGAAGCGGGCGCCGCGGGAGAGGGCCUGUCGCCAUGGCGACCGCGGCGGAGGGGCUGCCCGAGGCCGGCGCGCAGCCCGCUAAGCAGGAUCCUGCUGUUGAAACAGCGGAGGAAGCUAAGGAACCAGCAGAGGCAGACAUCAAUGAACUCUGUAAAGACAUGUUCAACAAAAUGGCCACUUAUUUAACAGGUGAACUGACAGCCACCAGUGAAGACUACAAACUCUUGGAAAACAUGAAUAAGCUGACUAGCUUGAAGUACCUAGAAAUGAAAGAUAUUGCUAUAAACAUCAGUAGAAAUCUGAAGGAUUUAAAUCAAAAAUAUGCUGCUCUUCAGCCGUAUCUGGAACAAAUCAACCUAAUUGAGGAACAGGUUGCAGCUCUGGAGCAGGCAGCUUAUAAAUUGGAUGCAUAUUCCAAAAAACUUGAAGCCAAGUACAAAAAACUGGAGAAACGAUGAAAUUACAACAGUCUUUAAGUUGGAGAUGGGCAUGAGUCAGACUGAUUUCUGUUUAAGUUGCGCAACAGCAAUUCUGUAUGUUGACAAGGAUUUGGUUACAGCUAACAUCAAGACUGGUAACUUUUUCUAUCUAUUGAAUACAGUAGGCUGUAUUCAGGCUUAAGGCUGAAUAAUAUUUUCCUCUUCUCAAGAGGUUCUGUUGCCUCAGUUGUUCUGCAGUGAAAAGUAGAAGCCUGUCCCUAACCCAUACGUUGAUAUUGGCUGCCUGUGUGUUAGUCCUAUGUCCCACAUGAAAUACUCUGUCUAGGAAAAGCCCUCCAUAACCUAUAAAGACAUUUUCUCUUAGUAGCAGCGGGACCUAAACUUCUUUUUUUUUUUUUCCUUCAUUGAGCUCUGCAUUGAGAAGAUACCCAGGCCUUUGGAGUUAUGAGCAUGGUAUUGAAAACACUUCAUUUUGGUAUCCACUUUUAUCUGUUUUAAAUAGAGAGACUAAUUAUUAUAAACUUACAAUAAAACAACUUGCUGCAUUUGUCUCUCUGGAAUCUCAAGUUCCUGUUGGAAAGAUUAUGUAAGUUGUCUUUAUUUUUUUCAAAGGGUCUGUUAAUAAAGACAAACUCCUUCCAGCUACUGGAGAUCAUAGAAGCCAACAUGUUUUAAACUCUGCGUCAAGUAUUCCUGCAAUUAUAUUCUUUGAUUGUCUGGACCUCAGGUGAAAUUGCAAGCAGUACUGCUUUAUCACAUGCUCAGUUAACCUAGCAGAUCCUUUCUCUACUUUACCAAUGAAUUUUGAUCCUAGUAGUUUUUUAAGAGGCACGCCCAGCACAAAAAGCUUCUUCUCUACCAGAUUAACAGUGUUCCAAAUUGCUAAUUUAGCGGAGCCCUUCUUACUGAGCAGGUACUCCAAGGUUGGUUUUUUUUUCUGUACCUAUUGACCCUGACUAGUUCAAGCUGGCUUUUGAGUGAGUUGCAGUCGAGGAUAGUACAAGUGCUGAUGUAGGAAAGAAGUAGUUCAAACUUCCUACAGGCUGUUUAGAAGAAUGUCUAGUCAAGUGCCAGCGUGGUAAAGAUCAUAAUGUCAGUGUCAUAAAGUCAGUGUAUAGCCACUGUAAAUAGUCAAGAUGGACACUUUUCCCUAGUGCUAUUUAAAAGCAGUGAAGCAGAUGACCUUUAAGAGCCUUCACCAUCACUUUAAAAAUCCUGGGUUUAAAAUAGAAAAUACUGUUCUAUAUGGCGUUGAUGUAGGAUUUGAGAGAGUUCAUUUGAAGAAAGGCCUUUUUGGAAUGGGCAUCUUUAAAGAACAGGGUUAAGUCUCCCAGAGGUAUCCAGCCAUUUGCACCUGUAUUGCUUUUAUCUGUAGUUAGCUCACCGAUGACUGUUCUACCUGUGAAAGCAAAUUAGACAUUUUACUAUUGUUAUCAAAGCAACAUCCUCCAGCCCAAUGGGAAGAGGUAUCAACAGAUGAAUUACCAUUUCUGUGUUGAAGGAAAUUAUACCAUGUGGCGCAGCAGCCUGUUUUAAAAUCUGAUGGAUCAUUAUCAUCUCAGGAUUCAUGGUGUGUUCGCAGUUCUGCUGGACAAGAGGAUCUAGCCAGGCAGAUCUAAAAUCUUUGUGCCUAGAGACUGACAUUUGAAUGACAGCCUGAACAGUGGCCUGCUUGGUGAUCUCUGAUGGUGGGAAGUGGUACCACAAGGUGGUAGACAAUCUAGAAGUCCUGUUUCUCCAGUGUUUCAUGCAUUUGUAGAUUAUGCAAGAGCUAGACUAGACGUGAUUCAGCCAGACUCACCAGUGUUUUUGAUAGUACCAUUCUUUCUCUUUGCCAUUGUGGAGGAGUAUCACAAAUAUUUGGCUGCUGAUGUAAAAGCUUGGGGGUGCUUCUCGGAGUUCCUCUGUUCCCUGGAAGAACGAGGAUUUUCAUUAUAGCAUAUAGCACUUGCAUGUGGCUGGGAGCUUAGUCCCUGAUCCCCUGUAAGUCCUCUCCCUGGCCCCUACCCAUCUCUAAGAACAGAAAAAUUACUGCUUCAUAGCAGGUUGGAAAUGGUUCUGGGUAGGUGGACAUCAUCUAGAGCUGACCAGCCACUGAAAUGCUUACCAGGGCAGGUUGUUCCAGGAUUGAAACGAGACCACUAAUCUUCUGGCCUAGUGAUCGCUCUGAUUCCCAGCUAUUUCUGGGAAGGUGGUGCUAGAAGCACAGAGCAGAUGCUAGGACACAAAGGGAUUGUUCUCUACUGCAGGGAUGCAGCUGGCCCUGCACUUGGGCUAGGUGCAGAGGCCAAGAUGAAGGGGUGACAAGAGUUGUAUCCGAAGGAAUUACAAUAGAGAGCUGGCUAUCUGCUGUCUAGAGAAUUGUGAUCAUCUCCAUGUGAUAAAAAUAAUACCAAGCCAUAAGUGCCAGUGACUUGUCUUAUCGCAUGGCAGCAAUGCCAGUAAGUUCUGCUCAUGGCAGAUGACCUGCAAAUCAAGUAUUGAACAUAGAACGGAACAUGGCCCAAACAUGCUCUGUGCUCUAGUAGCAGCACACUGCCAAUGUAGUUGCAAGUCCACUCCCUUAUUGAAUGUGGGCCAUAUGCUCAGACCCUCAAUGGGAGACAGACCACAGAUCCAAGCUGGGUACAGAACUGAAUGUAUGGCAGCCCUGCUCUGUCUUAAGAUGAGUCCCAGUCACCCUCCCUUUUCCUUAACACGUACUGUCUACAUUCGAGCUGGAUGCUAAAACUCAGUUCCGUAGUAAGAAGGAUUCACUGUGACUGGGAUCAUAACAGCAGCCUUGCUCUGUAAAUUCCUGAAGUGGCCAAGAAGAACAGAAUGGCACUCCUGUUGUGUGUUUAUGUCCUCUAGCACUUCUAACUGCCUUGGACCCAGUAGGGCACCUUUUCAUCUUGAGACCAUGGGGGGGCACAUAAUAACAAAGAUGUUUCAGGGCUGCUAGUAUUUCUUAAAAGAGGAGACAGUUACAUGCCUCACCCUUAAGCAUGGUUUAAUGUACCAAGCUCAUCCUGCAGCUGCAUGACUUUCCUUCCAUAAUGCGUGCCUGGAGCAUGCUAUGUUGCCAAAGGCAGCUAUGGACAUGACAGCAGCCUGGUAGAAAGUUUUCCUAACGUGGGAGUUAGAUAUAAGGAUUGUCAGAGGGUUUGGGCAGAAAGGGUUGCACUCAAGGAUAGGCUAGUGCUAGCUAAGCAAGAACACAUUCUCAGGGGCACAAGGGCUAGAGUUUUUCCUCUGCUCAGGAGAGAACUGGAAAUUUGUGAUUAAGCAGACUGUGAUUGUACAAAACACCACUCUGGAGUACACACAUACUAGCUGUAAGCCCUAAUCAGCACUUCUCAGGUCUCCAAAGAUGUCUGAAAGUAGAGGAUGCUGUCAAUGUCAUGACUAAAAUUGCGGUGGUGUUCUCUAAGACAGCAUCCAUGCAACUGUUGUUAAGAGGUAUUGCUCCUCACCCCUCCAGGCCAAGGGGUUAAAGGGGACUGAGUGACAGUGGAUAGGUAAAUAUGGUCACAUGGAAGUAAAAACAUUGUAUCUCGUUCCCUCUGGAGAAUGGAGGUCAUCUGGAGAAUGCUCAGUCUGCAUGGAGUUUUGUGGCCUGCCCCAUCCCACCUUUCAGAGUCAGAGGUCCGGUGUCUGCUUUAUGUGUAUGUAGCAAGGGAAAGAGCAGGCUAUAGAAUAGGUUUAAAUACAUUCCAGUGACACUCCUAUUUGGAUCUGAUUUUGUAGAACUGCUGGCUUAGCCAUGUCUUGUUUUAAUCACAGGUGCAUUUGAUAGUUGCUUUGAUGAAGAGAUCCACUCACCACAUGCAACCCAGCAUACUGUUGGAAGGUCUAGGAAUCUGUGUGAUCGGGACAUAGAAAAUUUGGAAGAAUAAUACAGCAUUUGUCUGCUCAUUGUCUUUCCU